CUUUGAAAGCAGUGUAGGAGUGUAGUGCAAACGCACGGAUACACUGCCUCCAGACCUCCAGGAAAAUAAAAAGAAGCUGUACUUACCAGCCCUGAGCAAGACGGGGAUCUACUACGAAAGUUGUGAUGCUUUUCUUUACUCAGUGUUUUGGGGCUGUAUUAGAUCUCAUCCAUCUCAGAUUCCAGCAUUACCAGGCUAAGAGGGUAUUCUCAUCCGCAGGGCAGCUGGUGUGUGUGGUAAACCCAACGCAGAACUCAAAGAAUGGUUCGCGCAGAUGUGGUGCCUCUGGGGGAUCCUCUAAAGCGAGCAGCGAACUCCAUGAAGUAGUCUAUGACCCACAGCUGACUUCUUGUUCCUGUCCUUUGUAUGCUUGUAAAUGGGAAGGUCACUUAGAGGUUGUUAUUUCUCAUCUGACACAAACACAUACAAUUAACAUACUUCAAGGACCAGAGAUUGUCUUUCUUGCCACAGACAUGAACCUUCCAGCACCGGUGGAAUGGAUUAUUGCACACUCCUGUCUGGGCCACUAUUUUUUGCUGGUUCUCAGAAAACAAGAAAAAUAUCACGGCUACCCACAAUUUUUUGCUACCAUGAUGCUGAUUGGAACACCAGCACAGGCAGAGAAUUUUAAUUACAAACUUGAGUUAAACAGAAACCAAAGGAGACUGACUUGGGAAUCCACCCCGCGCUCUGUGUUGGACUGCGUUGACUCUGUCAUUACAGAUGGAGAUUGUCUUGUGCUGAAUGCCCCAGUGGCUCAGCUUUUUUCUGAUAAUGGAAACCUGGCUAUUGGAAUUGCAAUAACCACAAACAAACUUUGUCCCCUUGACUCAAAAACUUAAUAUUUUUUUCUAACAUGUUAAUAACAUUAAACUGAUGGGUUUUUACUAUGUUUUUUUCUCAACCCAAAUUGGUGUCUGAGCUCUUGUACAUAAAAUGUGAAGGGGGGGAGGGGGGUUGGGGCAUCCUGUAAAAUAUCUGCCGCUUGUGCCACUUUACAAACUAUUUAGAAUUAGUUGCUAUGGCAGCCUUGUCAAGAAAUACAUUUUAUUGCUGUUAUACUUUGUAAUUUGGUUUAUACCCUUAAUACAAACAUUAA